AUGAGUGAUGACUUACAACCGUUGCUUCCUAGCAACAAUUCAAGUCCAAACCGUCCAAAUCGUCGUGGAGAAUAUAAUAGAGCUAGAAGCGCUAGUGCAGUGAGCGCCAUCAGUACAUCAAUAGAAUCAGUUAAAGAAUUCAUUAAGGAUAACUGGCCAUCGUUAACUACACAGAAAUUUGUUGCUGGCUUAGUAUGGGCUAUUUUAGCUGUUGUGAUAUUCAAUUUGAUCUUUCUCCCCAGAACUUCACUGGGUCGUGAUUAUAGAAGAAUACACUUUUCCAAACUAUCAAAAGUGGAAACUCAAAGACUAUUUUUAAAAUCAUUAGCUGAUCAAAAUAAUGCUGGUGAAUAUCUUUAUAACUAUACACAUUCACCACAUCUUACUGGAGAAGGAGAUGAUCUUACACAAUUUACUUUUGAUAAGUUUAAAGAAUUUGGUUUUAAACCAUAUAAAGAAAAAUAUCAAGUCUGGUAUAAUAAACAUAUCGCUAAUGGAAUAAAACUACUAAACCCAGAUGAUGAUAUUAUUUAUGAACCAACAUUACAAGAAGAUGAGUUCCCAGAGGAUAAAGCUGCUAAUAAUUCAAAUGUAAUUCCAGCAUUCCAUGCAUAUUCUGCUAACGGUAAUGUUACAGCUAAAUUUAUCUAUGCAAAUUAUGGUUCUUUAGAAGAUUAUAAUCAACUAAAGAAGGCUGGCGUUGAUACUAAAGACAAGAUCCAUAUUAUCCGUUACAAUAAGCUAUUCAGAGGUUUAAAAGUUAAACAUGCUGAGAAGGCCGGUGCUAUAGGUGUGUUGAUUUAUACUGAUCCAUAUGAUGAUGGUGAAGUAACUGUUAAAAAUGGAUAUGAAGCUUAUCCUAAAGGACGAGCAAGAAACCCAUCAAGUAUACAAAGAGGUUCCGUGGGGUAUUUUACAGAUCAACCUGGUGAUCCAACAACACCAGGAUAUGCAAGUUUUAAACUAGGUAAAAGAGAAGAUCCUAGUCCUUAUAUACCAGGUAUUCCUUCUGUUCCGAUAAGUUAUAAAGAGGUGAUUCCAAUAUUACAGACACUUGAUGGAUUGGGCUCUAAAUUUGGGUGGAGAGGUGAUGUUGAUGAUUAUGAUUAUUCAACUGGUCCAUCAGAAUUCACGAUCAAUCUUUAUAAUGAACAAGAUUACCAAAUUAGACCAAUUACAAAUGUAUUAUAUGUCAUCCCAGGUUUAUUAAAUGAAAAAGUAUUCAUUGGGAAUCAUAGAGAUUCAUGGACAACAAGUGGAGCUGGUGAUCCUGGUAGUGGUAGUGCAAUUCUUUUGGAAAUCACAAGGGCAUUUGGUGAAUUGAUUAAGAAAGGAUGGAAGCCACUUAGAACAAUAGUAGUCGCGUCAUGGGAUGGUGAAGAAUUUGGUAUGUUGGGAUCAACUGAAUAUGGUGAAUAUCAUAAAAGAGAUUUAUCUAAUAAUGUUAUUUCAUAUUUGAAUUUAGAUAUGGGUGUUAUUGGUAAUAAAUUACAAGUUGAUUCAAAUCCAUUAUUGGAUCAUUUUUUAAUUGAAUCUAGUAAAUAUAUUCCAUUUGACAAUGCUUCUGACUUUACUCUACAUGAUUAUUGGAAAGAGCAAAGUAACAAUUCUAUUGAUAUUUUAGGUGCUGGUUCUGAUUUUACAGUUUUCCAACAUCAUUUGGGUAUACCAAGUUGUAUGGUUUAUUUCAAUAAUAACGGAUCACAAUCUCCUCUGAAUACUCAUUCAAACUAUGACUCUUAUCAUUGGAUUAAAAAUUUUGUUGAUCCUGAGUUUAAAUUACACAACACCUUAGCAAAAUAUUUUGGAUUUUUAGCAUUAUCAAUAAGUGAAAAUGAAGUUUUUGAAUAUAAGAUUGCACAUUAUUCAUUACAAAUCUCAAAAUUUUUUAACCAAAUAAAGUCCAAGAUCCCACAAGAUUGGUUGAAUAAACAAGCAGAUAAACAUCAUAGACUUUAUGAAUUGAUUGAACAACUAGAAAGCAUUCUUGGGGAAUUUUAUUUAGCUGCCAAAGAAUUUGAUAAAACAGAAGUUGAAUUACAAAAACAAAUUUCAAUUGAUUAUCCAUGGUUUAAAAUUUAUAAAAAGAUUCAACUUGCAAUAAACAUCAAAUUGCUAGGUAAUAGAGCUAAGCAAAUCGAUAGAACAUUUUUGCACAAAGAUGGUUUAAAGAAUAGACCUUGGAUGAAACAUAUUAUAUUAGCACCUGAUCGUGAUAAUGGUUACCAAGGUGAUGUUUUACCAGGAUUACAUGAAGCGUUGAAAGAUGGUGACUUUUUAGAAUUUGUUAAGUGGAUUAAAAUUGUGAAAGAUAAGUUGAAAAUAGCAUCUUAUAAAGCUAAUAUUAGUCACUGA